AGUCUGUAGGGAAGGGAAAGCAACUACUUUGUGAGCUCCCCUGUGGUCUGCUAAAGGUUGUAAUCUACCAUGCUCCAACCUCGUCUACUCUCGGGAAUGCAUCAUCAAAGGAUGUAGAGACCAGUCUUCUUUCUAGUUGAUUUUGAUUCUGAAUGAUUGUUUGUGUUUGUUUGAUGGGAUUCCUGUCAGCGUUGUGCCCAAGCCAAUGGCGUGUGGAACUGGAAAUGCUCUCAAAGCGAUUUUUGGAACGGACAGCACUAACCACGCGUGUAUAUAGUACAUUCUUCAGUAUUUUACGAAUAUAAAUUUUCGUUGUACUACUAUGCACAUAUUCUGACGUACCCUUUUGCUUUAAACGGGCGAAAAAGUACUCUGCCAGGAGGAGCGCGAGUUUGGUCUCUGUACUUCUUUCACUUCAACGAACGAUAAUAUCAAAUUGGAUAUUGAUGGAGCUGGAGAAUAUUGUCGCCAACACGGUACUGCUAAAGGCAAGAGAGGGUGGGGGAGGGAAGAGGAAGGGCCGCAGCAAGAAGUGGAAGGAGAUCCUGCGCUUCCCCCACAUCAGCCAAUGCACUGACACGGGCGGCACCAUCGAUCGAGACUACGUCAGCCUGUGUGAGAAGCAGCCCAUUGGUCGCCUGCUGUUCCGCAAGUACUGCGAGACCCGGCCAGAGCUGCAGCAAUGCAUACAACUGCUGGACGCAAUGGAGGACUACGAAGUCACGCCGGACGAGAAGAGGAAGAGUCGAGGGGACCAGAUCAUCCGCAAGUUUCUGUCCAAGCAGUCUCCACAGUGUGUGUAUGUGGUGGAGGGUUUUGCCCAGCAGUGCCAAGAGAACCUGGACAGCAGCCCCUGCAAAGAGAUCUUCUGUGACUGUCGCAAGGCUCUUCAUGACUAUCUGAGUGGAGGGCCAUUCUCUGACUACCAGAACAGCAUGUACUUCGACCGCUUCGUGCAGUGGAAGGUGCUGGAGAGGCAGUCCAUCACUAAAGACACGUUUCGCCAGUACCGGGUGCUGGGAAAAGGAGGCUUUGGAGAGGUGUGUGCGUGUCAGGUGCGUGCCACGGGGAAGAUGUAUGCGUGUAAGAAGCUGGAGAAGAAGCGUAUCAAGAAGAGGAAAGGGGAGUCCAUGGCCCUCAACGAGAAACAGAUCCUGGAGAAGGUCAACAGCAGAUUUGUGGUGAGCCUGGCGUACGCGUACGAGACCAAGGACGCGCUCUGCCUGGUGCUGACCAUCAUGAACGGUGGCGACCUCAAGUUCCACAUCUACAACAUGGGCACGCCCGGCUUCGACCGCGAGCGCGUGCAGUUCUACGCCGCCGAGAUCUGCUGCGGCCUCGAGCACCUGCACCGAGAGAACAUCGUCUACAGGGAUUUAAAACCAGAGAACAUACUUUUAGAUGACAAUGGCCACCUCAGGAUAUCUGACCUGGGAUUGGCUGUCAAGCUGCUGGAUGGCGAGCCAAUCAGAGGACGAGUAGGCACCGUGGGAUACAUGGCCCCGGAGGUGAUCAACAACGAGAAGUACGCGAUGAGUCCCGACUGGUGGGGCCUGGGCUGCCUGGUCUACGAGAUGACGGCGGGGCGCUCGCCGUUCCGCGCUCGUAAGGAGCGAGUGAAGAGGGAGGAGGUGGAGAAGAGGGUCCUGGAGGAGGAGGAGGAGUACAGCGACAAGUUCACAGAGGACACCAAAGCCAUCUGCCGGAUGCUGUUGACCAAAGACCCUAAGCAGAGGUUAGGGUGCCAGUCAGAUGGGGGAUCGUCGGUGAAAGCGCACCACUUCUUCAAGUGCAUCAACUUCAAAAGGCUGGAGGCCGGUAUCGUAGAACCUUCCUUUGUGCCUGAUCCCAGGGCAGUGUACUGUAAAGAUGUGCUGGACAUCGAGCAGUUCUCCACGGUGAAGGGAGUGAAUCUGGACCAAACAGACAACGACUUCUACACCAAGUUUGCCACCGGCAGCGUCUCCAUCCCCUGGCAGAAUGAGAUGAUCGAGACGGAGGUCUUCAGCGAUCUGAAUGUGUUUGGUCCAGAGGGUUCUCGGACCACUGAUCUGGACUGGAACCAGCCUCCAGAACCACCCCGCAGACGCCUCCUGGACCGCAUCUUCAGGAGACAUGUGAGCACCCAGAGGUGUCCAUCGCCAACAGCCGAGUCUCGUCUUCCAGUGUGAACUCUGUGGACUCCAUGUCUAACUCUGCCCCCUAGAGGAAGGAGGCUAGCGGAGCGAGACAAGUGAUGGAGAGAAAGAGAGAGAGAGAAAAUGGAAAAAUGGAGAAAGAGAGAGAGAGACAGAAAAGGAGUGACAGAUCCGGACAGACAGAGGUGUGGAGAGGACAGAUGCACUGUAUUUCAAGCAGGCUGUUCUCGUUCUGUCACUGUGAGCCGAGUGAGGUUCGCCAGACUUCCUCCAGUUUCAAUAGCUAACUACAGUACAAUACCAACGGGCUUGGCUGAAGCCAGGUGCAUAAACAUCAGUAGACACACACACACACACACACAAACACACACGCAAACACACACACACACGCACGUGCACAUGUACACACAGACACACAUUACACGAGUAAACCUCAGCGGAACUAUUAAAGAGACGCUUUUCAUGAAGCAAAAGGAAGACACAAACACAAACAGGAAGCUGGAGCAGGAAACAUUUCAGCCUUCCGAAAACCUUCACCCUGACACACACACACACACACACACACACACACACACACACACACACACACACACACACACACACACAAGAAAGUCCUCAGGAUGAUGGUUGGCAUACCUCUGACGACCAUGAAAAGGAAACGAUAAACAAGACGCAAGGAACAGCAGCAUCAAAGGGUUGGCAAAAAGUGGACACUGGAGAGGUUGUGUGGCGUUUUGGCGCCCCCCAUCCCCCAUCCAUCCCUUGGAACAAAAAGGGCCAUGUCAUUUUGAUUUAUUUUUAUUUUUACUUUGUUUCGGUCCUUUUGAAUGGCGGUUUCCUUCUUUUUUGUUUGUUUUUUUAGGACAAAAAAAGUAAGACAAAAAAACGAUUCUGAUUUUUAAGCUUUGUACACACAAGACACGCUUCUCCCUUCCUCCUCUUCCUCCUCUUCCUCCUCUCUCUCCUCUCCCUCCUCUCCUGCUCUCUCCUUCCUCUUCCCUCGGUUUCUCAUUUCCCCGUCGUCUCUCCUAAGGAGCGGGUGCUGUUGAGACGAAACACAAGACACAACACCAUCAACCUCAACCCCCCCCCCCCCUCUCUCUCAUCUAAAAUGUGCACUGCCUCGCAUUUUCUCAGGCCAAAGAUAGCGUUUUCUGACGGCAGUCAGUGACCCCAGACUUGUGCUUUCCUCCUGUGUGCUUUGGAGGAUCACCAUGUUUGUGGGCAAGAAAGAAAAAGAGCGAAAGAUGGAGAGAAAGGGAGAUAAUGAUGAGGUCCUGCCUCAACAGACAAUCCGAAACAGAAUCCAGAGCACGAGGUUCAGGCGGUUCACUUCUUUCCAUUGCCAUGAAUGAACCAGUCGUUGCAUGGCGUGAAUCAAAAACUGCAGUGCACGUUGAUCCAGUUGUAGAGACCCAGCAGUUAGUAAGGGUUUGACCCCGUCGUCUUGUCACUGGAGGUCAGACGCUACUUACUUAACAUGGCAGUUCAAUGGUGAAACAUGGCGUACAAUAGACUUUAAUGGUGUUGACUAGCAGUACAAGAAUCACAUUCAUUUAUUUCCUGACUGACUGACAAAUCACGGUGCUCUCUGACAUUGAUGUUCUGACAUUGCCAUUGGAUGCCACUGUUGUGAUGCUGUUGCACAUUUAGACGUGAUGACACUUGUCCCUUAACGUGUAGUGACUAAUGAUGGCACACUUGACCCCCUCACACACACGCACGCACGUACACACGUAUGUAUGUACGCGCGCACACACACACA